UCCAUGUUCAUUAUAGAGCAGUAAUGGGUAUUUCCAAUGAGAACUAGAUUAUGAAAGAAAUCAAAGCUUAUUCACGCUCUCAUUAGAUAUUUAAUCCGCCUCUGCUGUUACGCGAUAAUUCAAACUCUUCAAUAUCUGACCUAUCUCCAAAUUGAACGCAAUUCUCCUGUCUGGCUGCUACUAUCAUAACAUCAUCCCCUGACCCGAAAGCAGGGGUUCUAAAACCACUUCGAUCACACGACAAAAGAAUGAUUCAAAAUGUCUUGUUUUUCUUUGGUCAUGUCCAGGUUUUGGAGAAAUUCAUUUCUUAAUUGGAGUAGUUUUCCCAAGCUAUACAAAUCGUCGGGAGGGCCUAUCCUGCAAGAUCCCGUAGUCAAAAAUACGAGGCUAUUUUCCGUCGAAGCGUUCCGUUCUAGGCACCAUCAAAAUCGUUGCACGACAGUGGCUAGGGGACAGAGUGCCGCUGAUGCGAUAGCACCUGCGAUUACCAACGCUCAGUUCAGUGAUCGUCCGCCGACUAUAUCGAAAGAUGGUCUACAAAUUAUUCGCGAGGCUCUUGGUUUAAUAUCCGACGCAAUAUAUCCUUCUCAUUGGUCUGGAUCCUUACUUCUAUCAAUUGAUUUCGAACAUUUAGAUAACAUUAGGAGUGGGUUUACAAAGGGCAACGAUUGUCAAAUCGGCAUUGCAACACUAGACACGAACGAUCUACAAAAAGACUCGCUACCGCCACCAAACGAUCUUAUUGAAACCUAUCACUACGUGUCUGGAUCUUACCGAUAUAUAAAAAAGGUCAUACCGAAGUUCAUGUUUGGAAAAUCCUUAGUGGUUAAUUCGACUAGCAUUCUCGAGAAAAUUCAAUCACUCAUACUGCAACACCAGCACCGUCGCAUCAUCAUUAUUAGCCAUGGUGUACAAAGUGAACUAAAGACUCUACAAGCCCUCGGCUACAGGUUCUCGGCAAACAUGUAUGCCGUUUGUAGUCAGCGUCUUGCAAAUGAAACAUUCGGUUUUCAAUGUGCCCUUAAGAUGCUUCUUCGCUGGCUCGGAGAAGACGAAGACGAAGACGAAGACGAAGACGAAGACGAAGACGAAGACGAAGACGAAAAGUCAAAACUUAGCGAAUCUCGAGACUAG